AUGGCACGAACUCGCAAUUUAGUUGUUGCUGCUGGUUUAGUUGCUUUUGCUUCAGCAGGCAUGGCUUUUCCUUUCUACAUGGCUUCGUCAAAGAAACCGGUUAUUGAUCCAACAAAACCACUUUCACCUCAAGCUACUUUUCGAGGACCUUAUAUAAACACAGGUUCGCGCGAUGUUGGUCCUGAUCAUGAGACUUACCAGAAGAAGUGA